UGCACAUCAGCCAGAGGCUAUGCUACUGCGGUCACUGCGUAGUUGGGCUGCCCGGUCGUUGCGUUUUGCGGGCCCGGGGAGCCCCGGGAGCCCCGGGAGCCCCGGGAGCCUCGAUUCGGGCGCCGGGCCGCUGUGGGCACCUCGCCGCGCCUGGCCUCCGGAUAAAGAUAGAGAAAAUGAUAAGGAGAAAAAAGCAGUGGUUUGUAUUGAGGGCAAUAUUGCAAGUGGGAAGACGACAUGCCUGGAGUUCUUCUCCAAUACCACAGACGUCGAGGUGUUAAUGGAGCCUGUGCUCAAGUGGAGAAAUGUCCACGGCCAUAACCCUCUGAGUCUCAUGUACCAUGAUGCCAGCCGAUGGGGCCUCACGCUGCAGACAUAUGUGCAGCUCACCAUGCUGGACCAGCACACGCGCCCUCAGAUGUCACCUGUACGGUUGAUGGAAAGGUCAAUUUACAGCGCAAGAUACAUUUUUGUAGAAAACCUGUAUAGAAGUGGGAAGAUGCCCGAGGUUGACUAUGCGAUUCUGUCUGAGUGGUUUGACUGGAUUAUCAGGAACAUUGAUGUCUCUGUUGACCUGAUAGUUUAUCUGCGGACCACUCCUGAAAUCUGCUACCAGAGAUUAAAGAUGAGGUGCCGGGAAGAGGAGAAAGUCAUUCCGAUGGAAUACCUCAGUGCUAUUCACCGCCUCUAUGAGGAGUGGCUGGUCAAUGGGAGCCUCUUCCCAGCUGCAGCCCCUGUUCUGGUGAUCGAGGCUGACCACAACUUGGAGAAAAUGUUAGAGCUCUUUGAACAAAACCGGGCCCGGAUAUUAACCCCAGAGAACUGGAAGCAUGGACCCUAGGACUGAGCAAUCUACAAAGCAGUGCCAGGAACAGCCCUGCCAGGGCCAGGUUAGCUGCUAGGAGCAUUUGGAAGAAUCUACUCUUAGGAGGGUCUGUUAUCUGACCAGAUCUAUUUUCACAAUGGUCUUUUCACUGCAGUACCAAUGGCUUUUGUCUGUCAGAUGCUUGCAGCACACAUCCCCCCUGGUGGCUUCCUAAUGCUGAAGCCCUGUGUUAAAAUCACUUACUGUAUCCCUGGGGUUGUUCUGGGUCCUCUGCAUCAGGUCACCUCCUGGGUGAAGGAGCAGUCUUCCAUCCCAGGCAAGGAUUUGAAGGCCAGAGAGGUGCAGGGACUCUUCAAGCCAGAGCACAGUGGAGAUGGGACCAUUCAGACACCUGGCUUGGGCUGCCUCCUCCUAAGCUGUUCCCCACAGCCCUGCUGCUCUGAGCACUAGCCCCCACCUCUGUGAGAAGAGCGGGCAGUUUGUGAAUUCCAUCAUCUUUUAGUACCGGGCCAGUUCAAGGAGAUCAGACAUCACUAGGUGUUGGCACACCUUUCUUAUUUGGCAUGAGCCCAGGGUGUCCUGGCAUGAAGGUACAGUAACCUCUAUCUAUUCCUUUGUCACCUGGACCUCGGUUUCCACUGGGGAAUACUGGAGCAGCCUUUGCAUAGCCAUUCAGGAUGAGGGCCUUCCCAGUCUCUGCCAGUUUCGUGUCAUUCUCUGUCAAAAAAAAAGGGGGGUUAUGGGACCUGGACACUUUACCCUGUGCUGAGCGAGGCCAAGGGCAGCCAGCUGAGCUUCCAAGACCUCAUCACUCUCUCCUGUCCUUGUGUGAGGAGCAGUGUGCUCUUAACUUCUUUGAAGUGUUUUUCCAUCUGAGCAGAUGUCAUGGACCACAGAGCAUGAAGUCAUCUCUAUUGGAUCAGAAAAUACCUUAGCUUUGCUUAGCCAUAACUGCACUGAAGGUGCAGCUGUUACUUGAACCAGUCAUGACCAAGAAAAGCCGACCAUUCCUCGGGACAGUGAGACUGGAAAGUCAUGGUUUGCCAACAAAGACAUUUAAAGCCUUGCUGCUCUUGACAUUCUGGGACAGACGGAGAAGACUGGACACAGAUGAUGUAAGGGGAUGAUGACUGUAUACCCAGGAGAAGCACAGCAUGGGUGGGGAGGGCCUGCAGGGGAGUGUGUGCCAGCUGGCCCUGCUCCCCUGUCUGUAGCUGCCUGGGAGCUAGAGAGAGGGCCAAGAGCCCAGCUCUUUGGACCAAUUCUUGGACCCUUUUGGUAGUAUGAAGAGUAGCAGCCAGGGAGAUUGUUCAUCAGCACCUGCAGUCCAGCAAUGGAUAAACCCGAGAAAGGCAGGAACUUUGAACCAGCAGUCCUGACGGGGGCAUCUUUAGAAUUUGCAAACGGACGGUCUGGUUCUUGUCCCUUUGUUCCACCAGAACACUUGUUUUGGGGAGAAAUGUGAUGUUUCUCUCUGGUAGCCAAUAAAAUUCUACAGCUAAACCCUGA